GAUCCCUACACUAGUGCACUGUACAGUGUUGUAAACGGAGCCUACUAAGAGCCCUAAGUGUCCUUCAGAGGGGGGGUUGUGAUUGAACCGCAAAGGAAGAGGCAGGCGGAUGAUAUGGCAGCUUUAUGAGCGGCCAGGUGGAACUCGCUUUGUGUUGAAUUCGCCUUAACAGCCGCGACAUGACGUCGAUGUAACGAGGAGUCGGACACGAUAACCAGACCCCUACAGAAGAUGCUGUACUUGGUGUUAAUCUCGGCGUUUACCGGGGCGGUGGUGACGCUGCUGCUGCAGCUCGCGCUGCUAUACCGGAGGUCCCCGGAGCCCGUGGCGCGGACGGUGCAGUACGUUAAAGCGGUACCGGAUCCGGUGCUGAAGGAUUACUUUACAAAUCCGCAGCAACCGGACACGUCCAGACAGCCGGCGGACGGUGCGUGUCCUGGGCCUCCUCCUCCUUCUCCUCCUCCUCCUCCUCUUCCUCAUCCACAGGAUGAACCGGAGACAUGCGGUUUCCUCAACGCGAUCUUCUUGUUCCUUUUCCGGGAGCUGCGCGACACGCCGGUAGUCCGUCACUGGGUCACCAAGAAGAUCCGCGUGGAGUUCGAGGAGCUGCUGCAGACCAAGACGGCGGGCCGCCUGCUGGAGGGUCUGAGCCUACGCGACGUGUCGCUCGGAGACUCCGUGCCCGUGUUUAAGACAGCGCGUCUGGUCAGACCCGUGCAGCUGGACGACAGCGGCAUGCCUGAGGAGCUCAGCUUCGAGGUGGACCUGGAGUACGCAGGCGGCUUCCACCUGGCUGUCGACGUGGACCUGAUGUUCGGAAAGUCCGCUUACCUGUUCGUGAAGAUGCGGCGUGUGUCCGGCCGCCUGCGCCUGCGCUUCAGCCGGCUGCCCUUCACGCACUGGUCCUUCUCCUUCGUCGAGGACCCGCUGGUCGACUUUGAGGUCAAGUCUCAGUUUGAGGGCCGCCCGCUCCCUCAACUCACCUCCAUCAUUGUCAACCAGCUCAAGAGGGUCAUCAAGAAGAAACACACGCUCCCUAACUACAAGAUCAGGUACAAACCGUUCUUUCCCUUCCAAGUACAGCCAACGCCGGAGCCAGACUUCUCGGUCCAGGAUGAGCGGUUGGUGGAGGGACGCCUCCGUGUGACGCUCGUUGAAUGUAGCAGGUUGUUUAUUCUGGGCUCAUAUGACCGGGAGACGUACGUCCACUGCACUGUUGAGCUCAGCAGCCACGAAUGGAGGGAAAAACCUCGCAGCUCCAUCAAACGGACCGAGGUAAUUAAAGGUCCGAACGGUAGUGUGGGGAUGACGUUCCGACACGUCCCAGCGACUGAAGGAGACGUGGUGCAUGUUAGCAUUGAGACGGUGACUCCUAACUCCCCUGCUGCACAGGCUGACCUGCAAAAAGGAGAUCGCUUAAUUGCAAUCGGAGGAGUCAAAGUAACAUCCUCUGUCCAAGUGCCAAAGCUGCUAAAACAAGCUGGAGAUCGAGUGAACGUUCUGUACGAGAGACCAGUCAGACACCAGGUGCCUACAAUGGGCUUGGGACCCCUUCAGGACACCCUGGGUCCCUUGGAUGAACCUGCAUACCCUGUGGCUGGGGGUUAUGAGGAGGACCCAGCCCAUAUUUCCAACAUAGACCUAACUGAUGGCAAAGACAAUGACUCCGAGUUUGAGGAACUGAUAGUGGAGUCCAAAACAUCUGUAGUUCCAGUCAUGGCAGAAGCUAAAGAGGAUACUUUACUUUCUGUAAACCAAAGCCCUAAAAAAACUGUAGCCAAUCUGGCCUCCAAGCCCCUGGGUACCAUCUCACCAAUUCUUAAUCGCAAGCUUAACUUGGCUGGCCUUCAAUCACCACUUAAACCCCAGCCUAAAGAGUCACCAAAGCCCUCACCACUUAAGAGUGCAGAAUUAUCUGAACCACCACAGAGGCCAACAGUGCCCCCACCUCCACCGCCUGUGCGACCGCCUGUCCCACCUAGGCCCCAAAUAAAAGUGACCUCUCCGUCCACAUCCUGUGAAUCCCAAAACAUGGACGGAACAGACUCUAUUGUAGAGAAACCCCCAGAAAAAUCUCCCCAAGGUGCAAGCAAUGGAGAGAAAGCUCUACCUGAGAAAAGUCCCACAAAAACUCCUGAGAUAAAGCCUGUAAACAAACCCGUAGAGUCAAAUGAUGAACUCCCAACAAACCCCAUAACCAAUAAGCAAGAUGUGAUCAAAGACAAAAUAACUGAGAGUGCAUUUAAUAUUAAAGACAGUAUGGAUGAGCAGGGUCUCUGGGAGUCAUCCGAGGCUAUGUUCCGCAACAGAUAUGGCCACUGGGGCAAGGCCUCGGUAGUCUUUGAUGUGGAAAGCAACCAUAAAUACCUUAAUGUAGCAGUCUGGUGCAAGGAUCCCUUUAAGCUAGGUAGUCUCUUAUGUUUGGGCCAUGUUAGCUUGCAUUUAGAGCAUAUAGCUUUGGAAUGCUUGUGUAUUUCUUCGGCAGAAUACCAGAGCACCUUCCGUCUGUGUGCCCCCGAACCAAGGGCCAGCGUCAGUCGCACUGCACUUCGUAGUCUUAGCACACACAAGGGCUUCAACGAGAAGCUGUGCUACGGAGACAUCACACUUAACUUCACCUACCUGGCAGAGGGAGACUCAGACCUGCCUAGUGGAGUUCUUGAGAGGGAGGGGAGCAUACAAGAAGAAGAGCCAAAGGAUCGUGAUAGAGAAAGGGACAAUAUGCCGGCACUAACCCGGGAGGACCUAAAUUACAGCUCCAUGCGGCUUGAGGUUCGACACAACUUUCAGGACACUCAGUUUCAGAAUCCCACUUGGUGUGACUACUGCAAAAAGAAGGUUUGGACCAAGGCUGCAUCACAGUGCAUCACCUGUGCCUACGUCUGCCACAAGAAGUGCCAGGAGAAAUGUCUUGCAGAGCAUCCUUUCUGUAUGGCUAUUGCCGACCGGCGAAGCGCAGACCCUGAAGCAAAGUCCACCAUCAACCGGGCAACCUCUGGUCUCACUCGGCACAUCAUCAACACCAGCUCCCGUCUGCUCAACCUGAGGCAGGUUCCUAAAGCCAGGCUAGCAGAACAGGCAGCAGAGGUCGGUCCUGGAGUGGUAGAACCUUCCCCAAAACACACACCCAACACCUCAGACAAUGAGAGCAGUGACACAGAGACUUACAUAGGGGCUAGUCCUUCAAAACAUCCAUCAACCAGUGGUGGCACAAAGCUGGCACGCAAAGAAGGAGGGUUAGAUGACAGCGUGUUUAUUGCAGUGAAGGAGAUCGGACGUGAUCUGUAUCGUGGCCUCCCUACAGAUGAGCGAUCGCAAAAGUUGGAACUGAUGCUGGAUAAACUCCAGCAGGAGAUUGACCAAGAGCUGGAACACAACAACUCGCUGAUUUCUGAAGAGAAGGAAGCAACCGAUGCACGCCGCAAAGCCCUGAUCACUUCAGCUCUGGUCAAGUCGGGUGAACGGCUUCAGGCUUUGACUCUGCUAAUGAUCCACUAUCGUGCUGGCAUAGAUGACAUAGAGUCCAUGGAGUGCACCUCGCUGUCUGAACAGCAUGGCUUCCCAAAGUCAAAAGUGGAGGUUAUAGAGGAGGAUCUGAUGGGUGCAGAAGUGUAUGACAGUGACGUUUGUAGCCCAGUGGAUGUACAGAGUCUAAGUGACAUUAGUGAGGAACAGAUUUGUGUGGAAGCGUUGCCACGUUAAAGAACGCAACACAAAACAAAUUUGACACUUGCAGCGUUUUAUUGCGAGGUUUUUGGGGACUGUAUCAGACCGACUGGCACUGGAAUCGUUUAUGAAUGUGAGGUUUGCAAAAUAAGUUAUUUUACCCAGAAAUAUAUAAAAAUUCUCUCAUUUGGGGACUUUUUCGUGGUCGUUAUCAGAUUUUAUUUCUUAUGUCUUUUUUUUUUUUCCCUUAACCUGUCAUAUCUGUGGUCCCAAUCCAGUCAGUACAGUGAAUCAAUGCAAUGUCUCAAAAAUCCAACUUUUACUGUAGGUCAGUAUUGGAAUUGACAGUAUCUUUAUCGAUGUAGAUCAAACCAAGCCUUCCUGCCUUGGCUGAAAGGGGAAGCACCACUUUGCGUGGUAAUAAAACAUGAUCGGCUUUGACGCAGGGGGAGAUUACUCCAUUUUGUAGCAGCAGUGUUACUGAUAAUAUUUAGGGUUGAAGGAUACCAGGGUGGCCUGCUUUCGUGUGAGCUUCGCACCUUUUGCUUUCGACCAUCUGCUUCUAACCAGGAGGAUUUAGCCAAGUACUAGAAAAUUAAAUCUUAAUAUCGGAUCAGUGUGGAGCCCCACCCCCCUGGUUGUCUAGUGUCAUUCUCCAAUUUCCUUUUCCUUUCAAUGUGAGCACUUUUUUUAUUGUAAUAAUUUCUUUUUGAAAAUAUUCUAGAAAAAAGUGUCAUUCGUCUGUGGUUUCAUUUUAAUACAUCUAUCUGUGUUUGAUUAAAUUGCAAGGGAAUUAUUAUAGGAAAAAAUAGCUAAUGAUAGCUUUUUUGGGGGGGGGGGACCAUGACUUUAUUUAAUUUUUUUUUUUUUUUUUUGGUGAAGUCUGAUGAAUUCUAAUUUUGUUGAAUUCUAAUGCCAAACAAAUGUGACAAAUCACCAUUGUUUUAUUUCGUGUUAUGUUGGACAUCACGUUAACGAUGAUCUAUUUUGUUGUAAUAUUUUUUUCCUUUGUGUCUUUUCAGGUUGUCCCUACAAUUGUUCGUUUGCACCUUUUAGAAAUAUGAAAAUUGACUUUCACUAAAAAAAGCAUUUGAAAAGGA